AGAGGCGGCAGUUGAGGUUCGACGGCGCGCAGCAGGUGACGAGCGCGUCCCGGUCUCGCCAUGGCCAAACAAACCGACUACGGCCUGCAGGUCGACUAUGUUUUCCGCGGAAUGGAGCACGUCAUCCGGAUGACAACGGAAGGGAACCUGCUCGAAGUGGAGGUGGAAGACCGGCUAACCACUGACCAGUGGCGAGGGGAAUUCGACGCGGCUUUUAUUGAAGAUCUGACCCACAAAACGGGGAAUUUCAAGCAAUUUGGGAUCUUCUGCAACAUGCUGGAAUCCGCCCUGGCUCAGAGCAGCGAGUCUGUAACGUUGGACCUCCUCACCUACGCGGACCUGGAGGCGCUGCGGAACAGGAAAAUCGGGAUGGGACCCCGACAUCCCUCAGCCUCCAAAACCUCCCCCUUGAACUCCAAGCGUUACCUCAUCCUGAUUUACUCCGUGGAAUUUGACAGGAUCCAUUACCCCCUACCCCUGCCCUACGUCGGAAAGCCGGAUCCGGUGGUCCUGCAGAAAGUGAUCCGGGAGCUGAAGGACGAAUUGGCCAUGUUGAAGGCUAAGCCAGGCAAGGACUUCCGGGACGUGGAGAUCCGUCGUCUUCGGGAGGAGCUGCAGCGCGCUCUGGAGGAGAAGCAGCUGAUGGAGUCGGUGCUGCUGAGCUCCCAGGAGGAGCUGGCCACCAAGGGCAGCGGCUUGAAGGAGGUGAAGAUCCUGAAGAAGGUGGUGGAGACGCUGGAAGAGCAGCUGGCCAAGGAGCGGGCCAAGCACCAGCGCCUGGCCACCCGGCGCCUGCAGGAGAGCCGGCAGCUGGCGGACGAGCUGGCCGAAGUGAAAGCGGCCGAGAGAAGCCUCCGGAUCCGCGUGAAGAACCUAACCAACGAGCUGGCUUUAUACAAAAAGGGAAGCCUGAACCGAGGCGGCAUCCCAAAGCGAGGCGGCCAUCGCUCUGCCUCAUAUGAACGGUCCCAUUCCCAGGAGCGCAGCAGCGGCGUACCCUGGGCAGCCAGCCGGCCGCGAUCCACUUCCAGGGACGGGCGCAGUGGGAGCCAACAGAGCCGCCUCUCCCGCCAGUCUCCUUCUCCGACAGGUAUCCGGACCUCUCGCUUUGACCCGACAGCGUUCGUGAAGGCCAAGGAACGGAAACAAAAGGAGAUCGAACAGAAAAACAAGCGGAACCUCCAUCGGGCCGUGGGAGACACCCCGCCCAGCGGCUGGUACCAUCACACUCAGCUCAGGGGCUCCUCGGUCCUUCCCGGCGGAAGCAGCCUUGGGAAGCCGCGCGGCCGCAGCUCUUCAGUGGAAAGUUUCCGCAGCAAACGCACCUCGGCCAGCUCAGGGAGCGAGAUGGAGGAUUAUUCAGAACCUGUUGCACCAAGAGGCAGGAAACGGUUAGCCAGGAGCAGGAAGCCCUUCAGCUCUUCGUCUUGGAACGGCCCCACGGCGGGUCCCCGUGUGGACAACGCUCACAAGAAACGUUUCUCCAGCACCCCACAUACAGGCAAGGCCGGGGGUAAAGGUAAAGCGGAGGAGAUCUUGGAAAACUCAGAGAACCUCUACGAUGAGCCCUCGGCGGAUCUCUCCGAGAUCGACGCCCGUCUGCAGGCACUGCAGGAGUACAUGAAUAAGCUGGAAACGCAGACGUAGCCCGAGCGAGGGAGCCGAGCUUUGGCCCAGUUCGAUCCGGUCCAAACGUCGAUGACGUCUUUUUUCUCCACUCUCACUACCCUGGUUGUGGGUCUUCCUUCUACGGCUACGUCCUUAAGGGGGGAGGGCUGGGGUGGGGAGGGGGAAUGGGAGGCGGCUGUCCCGCCAAACCUCAGCGGUGGAAAGCCUUCCUAAGAACGAUUUCAUUAAAGGUUUCUA